GGAUUUUUUUUAUUCAGCAUGUUACAGACACAACUUUUUUUGACUGCAGUGAUUUAACUGACAAUGACUAAUAUUGAAAGUAGGUGCUUCAUUCCCUUUAACGAAUCAGAAAACCCCCAAAAUGUCAUUCCUAGAUAUGAUUUAAUUUCUCGGUUCAGCUUUUCAAAUAAGCCCUUUUUACUGUUCAGCUAUCCUACAUGUAUAGAAAUAGUCAAUUCAUGAAUCACGUUGUAAGGACACCUGAUGUGUGUGUUCUCCAUGCUGUUAGCAUGUGGGGAGUUUUAGACCUUCCAUUUUCACGACUGAAUCUAUUGCGUGGCUGUUGAAGCCGUUGGCAGGAUGAAAAGAUUGUCACAUGAUCCAUUUCCUCUCUUUCUACCACUAUACAACGACAAAUCUUGUUUCGUCAGGAGUCACAAUAUCUGUACCUCCAUCUACAACCGACAUUGAUAAUCUACCUUUUGGUUCUUCUGCUUCAGUUUUCAUAGCUCCACAAGUUUGUAAAAGGUCGACUCUGGUGAUGAGAAGCCAUUCCCAUCCAGUCAUGACGGGCAAUCACAGCUUCAAGCUAGACAACGCCACUCUGUACCUGUUUCUGAGUGUGAACACCAGCAUUACCAUCUCUGUCAUCUACAUGAUCGUCACUGUCAUUAACCUGAUCACCUACCAACUCCAAGGAUACGACUGGACUCUGGGAUCCAUGAUGUGCAGUGUCAUGACCCUUGUCUUCUACACCAACAUGUACUGUUCCAUCCUGACCAUGAUGGCCAUCGGAAUUGUACGCUACCUGGGCAUCAUCCUGCCCAUGCGGUAUAGAGAUAAAGUAGGAACUGGGAAAAAAAAGAUCAUCGCUAUCAUCAGCUGCAUGCUCAUGUGGGGUUUGGUCCUCAGUGUUCUGCACCCGCUGAUGAAAACAGAUCUGACCUUUUACAUUCCUGAACUCAAGAUUACCACAUGCUUUGACAUACUGAAGAGAGAAAUGCUCCCGUCAAAGGCUGCCUGGGCUACUUUUCUCUUCAGCAUGGUGUUCUUCCUUUUUCUCCUCCCUUUCUGUGUCACAACAUUUUGCUAUGUGAGAGUGAUACUCAAACUGGCCAAAGAUUCCAAGACAGCUCAGAAAAAGAGAGCCAUACAUCUGAUCUCCGUUGUUCUCCUGGUCUUUACCUUCUGCUUUGCUCCCAACAACAUCCUCCUGUUUGCUCACGCUGUGCUGAAACUUUUCUAUGGCCAGUCUCUCUACAUGGCCUACAAACUGUCUCUUUGUUUGAGCUGCCUGAAUAGCUGCCUGGACCCUUUCAUUUAUUACUUUGCUUGUAAGGAAUUCCGACAAAAGCUGCGAAAGCUAAUGAAUCUGUCAAGUCAGAGUAGUGCAGAUUCAAUGAAGACGAAGCAUAAGGAGUGUUCUUAUUCGGCACAUUACAAUUGUGAUAGUUUAGAAAGAGAAGACAGCAAGGUAUCUUAUCCACAGCGUAGAUCAACAAAAUGAGAGGAAGAGAUAAGGGUGUAACUUCCGUGAUUAGGGAAGUGAGCGCAAGACAGAAACCAUAAAAAUGAGGCGGUUGCCGAGAGUUAUUCGAGCUAUUACAUGAACAGGAUGCAGCUGAUUCAUUUUACCUAUUGUAUGAGUUUUUUCUUUUAAAUAUUAAAGAUGAAUUGUAGAUAUUGUAUAUUUUUUUAACCAAAUAUAUAUAGCAUGUCAAUAAAAUGUGAAUAAACUCAUUGUAACAUA